AUGCUGAUGGACCGAAUGCAGACAAGCACCAGUGUCAGCUUCACCCCCUCCUCCACGGCUGCCAAGCUGAUCCUCGGACCGCGUGGGAUGCUGGAGCCGCCUUACUCGCGCCAGAUGGUGGACCACGGCAAGGUCGUGGACAGCGGGCGCUUUGGCCGCUGGGCCAUUGGUCAUGGCUCUGGCGCGCAGUAUUGGGAUCGGGCCUCAGGGCGCUCGUGGUUUUCGAAACGGAGGCUCGACGUAGUCAUCAUCAGAAAAAGUAGAAGAAGCAGCAAACUGAGGAAGAUGGUGAUGUCGAAGACGACGAUGAUUCCGUUGCUAGUGCCGACAAAGGUACGGCCCAAGCUCAUGUCGUCACGACAGUCUAGAGUCUAG